CAUACAUUUCAUCAUAUUUUGAUUCAUAUUAAAUUUUAAUCUCAGUUGUUUGGAAAAUUCGUUGAGAAAAUUUGGAGAUGUCGAUUCUAGGUUAUGUGACGAACUUUCAUGAUGCUGAAAUUUAAAGUUAAAUAAUGAUACUGUUAACUGGAUAACAUGAUACUGCAGUUAAUCAAACGAUAUGAACUGCUCGAAUGACUGCUCGUCCAAAAAUUAUAAAAAUAAAUAGCUUUGGAAAUCAUCUAUGGAUGAAAUUUCCAAUAAAUUGGCAGUUCUGAUUCAAGAAGUGAAGAAAUGAAAACACACUAAACGCGGCCAGGCAGCAGGAGAAAAUUUUGAAGUCAAAUGGGAAUUUUAAAAUUCAAAAAUGAACCAACAUGUGGUAAUGAAACAACAAUGGAUUCAUUGAUAAUGAAGCAUAUUAUUUAAAACCCUACCUUGUGACAAAACUUAGAAAAACGUUUUAGAGAAAUCCUAGUAACGGUUACCGUGGAAAUAAACAACAAGUUUAGUCAAUACAACAUACUAUGUUUUAUGAAAAUUCGAAUUCUCUCCAUUAACAUUACGUGAAAAGGUGUGGCAGCCAAUUGCAAGCUCGUUUAACGGUAUUAAUAGCCCGCCGAGAUCAUGGCUACGAAGCAAGAACCUCCGCAAUCCGGAAAAUUACCAGCGAUAAAUAGACAAAUACUCGAAAUUAAAAGAAAGAUACAAUUAUCCGAAGGUAGACGAAAAGCGCUUUUCGAAGAAACCGAAUCGGAGGAGAAAUUGAACGCGAACGAAAUUUUACGACUGAAGAAGGAAACGAGAGAUUUGGCGAUUCGAUUGCGAGAUAAUCGGAGUUUAUCGGCGAAAAAUCGAAUAGGAGGGGCUCGGUUGGAGGAGGUUAUGGGCCAUUUGGGCGAGAAGACGUGCCCGGAAGUUCACUGCUCCCUCGAUUUGCAAGUCACCGACAGGACCAAGCACCUGGACUUGAUCAGAUACCAGAUUAGAAAGAAAGAAGAGAUUUUAAAAAAACUCGCCGACGAAUACCAAUCGUUAAAGUUAAAAAAAUUUGAAAAUUACACAAAAAUCAAAUUAGAAGCCCCGAUUAAGAAGCAAAAGAAAGAACUUGAAAACAGUAUCCACGCUGUGCAAGUACAAUGGAGGGAAGCGGAACACGUUAGGACGCGUUACAAAGAAAUUAGAAAAUCGCUUCUUCAAGAUUCGGCUAAAUUCGAGGCGAAUAUCGCCAAAACGAAACAGCAAUUACAAUUGCAACAAAUCGAAAUCAAUCGUUUAGAAGAAGUAAACGCACAAGCAAACAAAAUGCGAGCUAUUGCACGAAAUAAUUUACAAAAAGAAGAAAAGGACGCGCUAAAAGCGGCAAAAGAACGAGAAAAACAAGCUGUUGAUGGUAAACGUUUAAUAAUGGAACGAAAACAAGAAUUAGAAAAAUUAGAAAAGAAAAUUUUUCAAAGUGGGAAAAUGCAAACUCUUCGCCCAGAAACCGAUGGUGAAGAUUCCAAUUUUAUGCAAACCCCCACUCCUCCAAUUCUUGAUCCCUUAGAAGAAUUUAGAGACGAUUUUGAAACAUUAAAAGAGGCAACUGGAGGAACGACCAUCGAUGAUGUUUUAGAGCGAUUUUUGGCACAAAAGGACACCUCAAUACGAUUAAAUUCCCUGCGAAAAUCCGGAGAGGAAAAUAAGCGAAAAUUGGAGGUUAAACAAGAUAAUUUAAACGCCCAAUUAGAAUCAUUACAAUUCGCUGAAGUUAAAGAUGCCGAAGAAAACGCCGAAGAAUUAGAAAUGAUCCAAAAACAAAACGAACAACAAAAAAGAAAAAUCGAAACUUACAAGCAAUCCCAACAUGAAUCGAAUAGAAUUUUAGAAAACAUUUUCGACAACAUUCAAUCGAUUUUUAUAAACGUGGCGCCGGAAAUAACGGGAAAAAAUAAUCCGUUAGAUUUAGUUAAACAGCUCAAAAAUGAACUUGAAAUUAUCGUAAAUAAAAGGGGAUAUGAAGAAGAUGAGAAAGAACCUGAAAAUGUCAUUCCUGAAAAGUGGUUACCUCAAACUUAUUCGAGUUUAAUGAGAAGAACCCCACUACCGCAAAGUGGCGCAGGAUCUCCAGCUCCACCUCCCGGAUCUGACGAAGAAGAGGAAGUCCCAUCGCGGGGCUAUAUGAAGAGGCAAGCGCAAAUUGUUGUAGAUGCUAAAUCUAGGAGGAAAAAUAUUAGAUUUCCUACAAAAAAAUAAACACAAAUUUAGGAGUGUUUUUAUUAAGAAACCAUAUAUUCGCAUAUCGAAAGUAGUUUUAUUUUAAAUCUUACUUUUGACAGCUUUACGUCAAAUUUUUUGGCUGAUCAGGGCUGCCACGCCAAUUUAAUUCUAAUAAAGAAAUUUGGACAGCCUUACAUUGUAACAUUUUUCGGCUAAUCUUGGAAAGUGAACCAAGCGUACAAUACUUGAAUGAGAAAUCUUACAUCUGAGGUCGCUUGCGGGCGAGGCGUUACAAUUCAUAGUUUAUGUUGAUAUAAUUACAUAUAUAAUUUGUUUUUUAUUUAAAUCAAUUGUCAUUGCCAAAUUUUUAUAAGAAAACGGUCUGUACCACCCUAGAUACCAUGUUCUAUGACCACGCUUUAUAAUAUUUUCCACUAAAUAAUAAGUAAGGUUGUGUAUAUUCUAAACGAAGUUGUCACUGACUGUCACUUUAAAGACGAAGCCACUAAUCUCUCGUCACUUGGCUAAUAUCUACGUUUUGAAAUUAAAACUGGUGAGCAAUAUAUUAACCCUUUGUGUCCGA